AUGGCGUUGCCGGCGGCCAGGCACGGCCGGCCGGUCCUCGCCGCCGCCAGGGGCUUCCUCUCCUGCUACCGCGCCUUCGUCCCCGCCAUCUUCGCACUGGUUCUGGUCGCCACCCUCGGCCCUAUCUUCCCCUCGAGUUCCUCGGACGCAGACGCCGGCGACGGUGGCGCGGGCGCCAGCGUAGGGGUCGUCCGAUCGAACUACCUCCGACGGGAGACCUUCAUGGCGCUGCAUUCUGAUCCUCUCCGCACUCGCCUGGACCUGAUCUACCGCCAGGCCGUGGACCACGCCGCCCUCGUCAAUGCCUAUGGCGCGUACGCCCGCCGCGUUAAGAUCGACACGUCCCGCCUGCUCCAUGCCUUCGAGGGGCUCGUCGUCUCCUUCUCCUCCACAAUCACUCGCCUCUCUGCAAGGGACGACGCAGUGGAUGCCAUUGAGGAAGGUCCCCUGCGCGCCAUCGUGAAGGAGUUCAAGGACCGGGUGAAAGUCUAUCGGAAGCUCGUCGCCGAGUCAAAGGAGAGCUUCGAGGCGGAAAUUAAGAUCCAAAAGCUCCGCGACACCAUCUUCGCCAUCAACCAGCAGCUUCACCAGGCGCGGAAGCUCAGAGAGCUCUCGAGCCGCAUUGCCGCCGGAUCCACUCCCAAGAGUCUCCACUGCCUCGCCAUGCGCCUGAUGCAGGAGCGCGUGGCCCACCCGGAGUCGUACGACGCCGCCGGUAGCGUUCCAGGUCGGCCGGAGCCCUCUCUCGACCAGUACCAUUACGCCAUCAUCUCCGACAACGUGAUCGCCGCAUCGGUGGUGGUGAACUCGGCGGUGUGGAACGCGGCGGAGCCCUCCAAGCACGUCUUCCACCUGGUCACCGACCGGAUGUACCUCGCCGCAUUCCAUGUCUGGUUCGCCCGGCGGCCGCCCUCGGGGGGCGCCACAGUGGAGAUACGCUCCGAUGCCGAUUUCCCAUUCCUCAGUGCCCCAUCCUCGCAGGCAACCGCCCAAAGGGGCGGUGGCCUUCCGCCGCUAGACUACCUCAAGUUCUACCUCCCGGAGAUGUAUCCGCAGCUGAGGAGGAUCAUCCUGCUGGAGGACGACGUCGUGGUGCAGCGGGACAUGGCAGCGCUUUGGCGGACGGACCUGGACGGGAAGGCGAACGGCGCGGUGGAGGUAUGCUUUGGGCCCUUCCGGCGGUACUCCCACUACCUGAACUUCUCCCACCCCAUGGUGGGGGAAAAGUUCAGUCCCCGGGCCUGCGCUUGGGGUCAUGGAGUCAAUCUCUUCGACCUGGAUGCCUGGAGGAGGGAGAAGCUCACGGAGCGUUUCCAAUACUACGAGAACCUGGUGAGAAUUCGCAGCACGAUGCUCCUCUGCUAGCUGAAUCGGGUCGAAUUCUGGCGCCACUGCUCUUCUUCCCAACCAUUCUCCGUUCGAUUUUCCGUCUCAUAUCUACUCUCUUCUUCCUGCGUGUCUGCAUUUUUUCGAAUUUCCAUCUGAUGAUAGUUCGACGGCAGAUUUUUACUACGUUUUUCUUGUCCAAGUCUGGCAUUCAUGGCUUCUACCGUGAUGUUUAAUUCCUGAAAUUACUCCGGAUUUUCCCUCAAGAUCAAACGCUUUUGAACAAGAUCGAGAGGAGGAUUCUCUGCAUCAGUCAUCUGGAAGCAGCCUGAGAUGUUGAAACGCAUACCCUCCAUGAUCCAAAUUAGCCAAGAAAACCAGGAUGAUCUUGGCUCCAUCCAAAAGCCCAUUGAUGCUCGUUCGCCUGAAGAUCAGUUUCAGUUCUGCUCGAGGAGUCAGAUUUUCCCUUUCAUGAUCCUCUAAAUAAAAUCACUGCCGCCGUGACCCUCUCAUGAUCUUCAUCAGGUUGCUUCGAUCGUUUCUUUCUCAAUUCGAUUCCAUAUGGUGGCUAAAACUCCCCGUUGUUGGCGGAGAUUGACCCUUUCUUUCAAGCUGGAGAACAUUCAUCGCCAAGAACAAGGAGAUCACCUAUUCUCCCUCAUCCUGGAUCCUGACUCCUCCGAGAAACAAUGCAGAACUCCGACGGAACUCUGUGGGCGCCGGAGACGGGGGCGGCGGCGGCGGAGCUGAUGACGUUCCACGGCUCCACCAAGCCGCUGGACAAGGCCUGGAACCUGAUGGGCCUCGGCCGGAACCCUAGCAUCACCCCGGCGGAGAUCACCGGCGCCGGCGCCGUCCACUUCGACGGGACCAUGAAACCCUGGCUCGACGUCGCCAUCAACCAGUACAAGCACAUCUGGACAAGGUACCUCGACGCCGACGAGAAGUUCCUCCAGCUCUGCAACUUCGCCCUCUGA